CAGUAAUAUGUCAAACGCGAAUGCCACAGUUAUUGCAAUCUUAUAUUCGCUUAUAUUCAUUUUUACAAUAUUGUAUUUAUCUUGUAAUUCCUUCGUAACUAUCGUCAGAAGUUUCUUCAAUUUCAUUUUUGGUAUAAAUAUGGUCGAAAACUCUCAUAAGCGAAAGCGAACAGCUUCUGACGAUCAUAACCAAACAGUAUCGCUGAGGGGUCUUAUAAAUGCAAAUUGGCAAAAAUUACUAGCGAGUAAUCUUCUUAUGGAUCACAAAGAGGAAAAACAUGCACCAAAGGAGCAGUACACAGGUAAAUUCCGUAGAAACAGGAAAACUGAACAGAAAAUAAACAAAAGCAAAGACUUGCAGCCAACCGUUCGGAAAUUUGAAACUUUGAAUUUAGAACCUGACCAGGCAGACGGACAUGAAGAUGAUAUAGCACUUAAUGACAGGAAACAAGCUAAAAACAAAAUAACCAAGUUCAUUGCUAUGGACUGCGAAAUGGUAGGAAUAGGUUAUGAUGGAAAUGAUCACAUGUUAGCCAGAGUAUCUUUAGUCAAUAAAUUUGGUGACUGCAUAUACGACAAGUUUGUGAAGCCCCGUGAAGAAGUUAAAGAUUAUCGUACAAUAGUCAGCGGGAUACGCAAAGAGGAUCUAAUUAAUGGUGAAGAUUUUUCAAUUGUUCAAAAAGAAGUAGCAGACGUUAUUAGAGGUAAAAUAUUAGUUGGACACUCAUUGAAAAAUGAUCUAAAUGUUCUGUUUUUGUCACAUCCCAAACGAAAUAUCCGGGACACAUCUAAGUACAAACCAUUCAAAAAGAUAACAAAAGGCAGUACUCCGUCGUUGAAGCGUUUAGCUAAAGAAAUACUAAGCAUUGACAUACAGCACGGAGAGCACAGCUCAGUGGAGGAUGCCAGGGCAGCUAUGCAACUUUACAGAACUGUGUCGAAGAAGUGGGAAGCCGGACUGAGCGACAGAAGAGGCUACAAAAAAAUAAAUGAAUGACUUAAAAUGAUGAUUCAUUAUUAUAUUAAAUUUGUAUUGAAAAUGAAGUUUAGCUUGGUAUUUCUAUUCCAUAAGAUUAAUCUGCAAUCUGCUACAAAAAAUUACAAUCCUUUGGUAUUAAACUUGGAC